CAGCGCAAUCACAGUGGAAUGUGACUGCUGACUUCCAUACAAAUACACAUAUAUCACUGCUCGAUUAGCAUGACGUGCUAGGUGUAUUUUUGGGAAGGGUGGAUUAAUCUGUUUCUCUCUACUCUCACUAUCUCAGGUAAUAGUAGCCUCGACUUAGGACUGCGAGUUGCGGUUUAGAUUUCUGGGUCACCUCAGGAAGGUGAUUACGGAGUUACCACACGGAUGGAUGCUGCACACUUGUGUCAUAAGAAGGAGGAUAUUAUAUAUACUUUAACUAUUGAAUAUGUCGUAGAAAGGGACUCCAGCAAACCGUAUGAUAUCUCAGCAACGUGUGGGAACCUUCAGAGCCACAUAAACAAUGUAUUUGGUGUCGAUUUGUAUUCUUCUCAUUGUGAUCGCUCUCCACUGUGCUGAUGUGGGGGCACAGACACCGACAGCACGCCUUAUCAAUAACGGACAAACAAGUAGUUACGGGGUGGUUGAAUUUUUUCGGUACAGUCGAUGGGUCCAAGUCUGCGCAGACGAGUGGGACGAUACCGACAGCCAGGUUGUUUGUCGUGAAAAUGGCUAUCUUUACGGAAAGGCACUCCCUGGGGGAUUCUUUGGUGCACUGAAUUUUGCUGUCACUGAAAUAAGUCGAGUCAACUGCAGUGGCAAUGAACGAGAGUGGGCUGAGUGUGAUUACAGCCAUGACGCCGGUAUGCUCUGUUCAGAUCCUGCCAUGAACUAUGCUACUGCCGUCUGCUCCAAUAGCAGUUUUUCAGAAGGUUAUGGAGUCAGUGUAACUGGCAGUAAAUACAACUAUACCGGCAGAGUGCGCGUCAAAAGAUACGGUAUAAGCGGGAGGAUAUGUAACACUCAUUGGGACGAUAACGCUUCACAGGUGGUUUGCCGCUCCCUGGGGUUUAGCGGGGGUGUGGCCUACCAGCUGACACAAAGAGGCACAUUUCCUAUAUGGAUAGCCAAGACUGUUUGUCACGGCAACGAGUCCCAUAUAUCAGAAUGUAAUGUGACAGACGCCUAUCAUCCACACGGGCAAUGCUCCUCAACAGACAACGCAGGAGUCCUGUGUUAUCACGAUGCCCAAGGGGUCAAAUAUAGACUUGCCAAAGACUUAAACGCUGAGAACAAUACAACCAUAUAUGGUCGCAUUGAGAUCCAAUAUGAGGGUGUUUGGGGUACAGUAUGUGAGGACAACCCCGUCAGUGCUGACACAACAGCCAGAGUGCUGUGUCGUCAGCUUGGCCAUGCAGACGGCGUCCAGGUGUCAGGAGUGGUGUCUGGUGGCACGGGUCCCAUUUGGACUCGGGCCUUGAAAUGUACGGGUUACGAGGACACCAUAUUGGAAUGUCCCAGUGGCGAGUGGAGAAAAAACGGCUGGCAGGUGGAGGAGGCAGAUAACCCGUGUACGCAUGACAUGGAUGUUGCUGUGCGAUGCUAUCCGCAAGUUCGACUUCGUGUCCCGGGCUCCGAGCGUUCGAUAUACCAGCUGUCCCACGGCUUGGUUGAGAUUCACAAUGGUGACACUUGGAGUCAAGUUUGUGACGAGGACUGGGAUGACACGGAUGCUAAGGUAAUCUGCAACCAGGAAGGGUACUCAGAUGGCAGAGCGCUGUGUUGUGGCGCAUUUGGGGAUGGUUCUACAUCGGACAGUAUCCGACAGUGGACGAAUGUACACUGCUCUGGAACAGAAUUAGAUCUACAGAAUUGCUCACUUCGUCUGGCAACAAGAGUCUGCAACGCCAGCCGUCGAGCGUCUGUGGUGUGCUUUAACAUUCCUGGAUCAGGCGUCCAGUUUUCACUAGCGGAUAUCGCAAAAUACAAAUUCACGCCAGUCAAUGUCAAAGUUGACAACCUACAACAGAUUGGAUACGCGUGCGCCGAGGGCUGGACUGAUGAUGCCGCGACUGUGAUGUGUGCUCAGUAUGGGUACCGAGAGGGCGUGGCACUUAAGUUCUACACUGAGCAAGGUGACACACAGAAGCCAUUCUGGGCCAGCAAUGUCACCUGUUCUGGUCAACUGUUCCACAUGGGUGGAUGUAAUUACAAAACCAGCGUGAGGUCCUGCACAGGCAACUAUUUUGCAGGCGUUUCUUGUACAAACGUACCUGGUUCAGGUGUCAGCGGCGUAUUCCUGUUAUCGACUGCCAGUCAUGCUCCAUUCAAGAAAGUUUGGGUAGAUGACGGCAGUGGAGUUCACAAGGCAGUGUGUGCCAACGACACUUCAACUUGGACCGACUUGCACGCUUCAAUUCUGUGCAAGAAUAAGGGUUUUAGACACGGAGGCCGAGCUGGCAGACAGCAAAGAAAGGACGCUGCUGCUCCAAGUUCAUACAAGUUCCUGUGCAGUGGCAACGAGUCCUCACCUAUGAACUGUGUAUUAGCUGUCCCUGUCGUCUCUCAAGCUUGUGACAUGGAGGCAACCGUCCAUUGUUUUUCGCAAGCUCAUCUACUAGGCGGUCCAUCCGAUAAUUUCGGGGUACUUCUCACCUCGAAUUUCCAUCAGGAUUCACAAGGCCUGAUUUGUGACAAAAACUUCGGUAGAAACGAAUCUAGAGUUGCGUGCAGGGAUGUUGGCUAUGAAGAUGGGAUUCCAUUUUGUUGUUCAGCUUUUGGAGAUCAGUCGUAUGGAAUAACAAGCGGGACAUUUAAUUGCACUGGCAACGAGAGAACACUAUUUAAUUGCAGUUACUACGAUGUCAGUGUCUGUUCUAGUGGACAAUACGUAUCUCUGUAUUGCAGCAGAAAUGUUAUGACCGAUAGACUAGGAGAAGUUGUCAAGUUAACGGGUCCGUCAAACACAUACAACGGCUAUGUCAAUAUGAAAUUAAGCGAUGAAGACUGGAUUGGAAUAUGUCACCAGGGGUUUGACAACACUGCAGCCAACAUAACGUGUCAGCAGCUCGGGUUUGUGGGUGGAUACAAGUACUUUGGUCCCAACAUGAUGGACAAAGGCACAGUCGCUGUCAGUGCGGUCCGGUGUAAUGGAACCGAAGAGACGUUGGCCGAUUGUGAGAUUGGUGCAUUAAGGCAGACCACUGACCCCACGUGCAGAGAUAUGGCGUCGGUGUUGUGUUAUGAUUUGCCCGGUUUAAGCUACAGGCUUGGGACCACAGAGGUUCCCGUCUAUAAGGAACAUUUCGGAGAAUCUGAAAUAGGCAUAUUUGAAAUUGGAAACACCAACAGAACUUGGGGAAAACUGUGUCUAUCUAUAGGAGAAACAAAAACCAGCACCGUGUUUUGCAAAGGUCUCGGACGGGGUUAUACCACGGGAGUGACGGUUGAUUAUGUACAAAUUCCCUUCUUUAUGGCACCACCAAUUUGGUUGGAAUCAAGUGUGUGUAAAGGAACAGAGGCUUCCUUACUGGAAUGCCGUAACUCUUGGUUCGGUGUGGAAGAAAUGUAUUCCUUCUGCUCGCGAGCGCAAUUCGUAGUGCAUUGUUUGAAAACUAACGUUCGGUUGACGCCUGAUGUGUAUUCAUCAAAUACUGCAGAGGCCAACUACACAUUUGGUGUGGUUGACAUCUAUAAACAGGGGGAGUGGCAAGGAGUGUGUAAUGAUGGAUGGGACCAAAACGAUGCAGGAGAAGUUGUCAAGUUAACGGGUCCGUCAAACACAUACAACGGCUAUGUCAAUAUGAAAUUAAGCGAUGAAGACUGGAUUGGAAUAUGUCACCAGGGGUUUGACAACACUGCAGCCAAUAUAACGUGUCAGCAGCUCGGGUUUGUGGGUGGAUACAAGUACUUUGGUCCAAGCAUGAUGGACAAAGGCAUAGUCGCCGUCAGUGCGGUCCGGUGUAAUGGAACCGAAGAGACGUUGGCCGAUUGUGAGAUUGGUGCAUUAAGGCAGACCACUGACCCCAUGUGCAGAGAUAUGGCGUCGGUGUUGUGUUAUGAUUUGCCAGGUUUGAGCUAUAGGCUUGGGACUACAGAGGUUCCCGUCUAUAAGGAACAUUUCGGAGAAUCUGAAAUAGGCAUAUUUGAAAUUGGAAACACUAACAGAACGUGGGGAAAACUGUGUCUAUCUAUAGGAGAAACAAAAACCAGCACCGUGUUUUGCAAAGGUCUCGGACGGGAUUAUACCACGGGAGUGACGGUUGAUUAUGUACAAAUCCCCUUCUUUAUGACACCACCAAUUUGGUUAGAAUCAAGUGUGUGUAAAGGAACAGAGGCUUCCUUACUGGAAUGCCGUAACUCUUGGUUCGGUGUGGAAGAAAUGUAUUCCUUCUGCUCGAGAGCGCAAUUCGUAGUGCAUUGUUUGAAAACUAACGUUCGGUUGACGCCUGAUGUGUAUUCAUCAAAUACUGCAGAGGCCAACUACACAUUUGGUGUGGUUGACAUCUAUAAACAGGGGGAGUGGCAAGGGGUGUGUAAUGAUGGAUGGGACCAAAACGAUGCAGGGGUAGUUUGCAGGGCAAUGGGUUACAAGAUCGGUCUCCCCAUGUGUUGUAACAUAUUUCCUGCCGUACAACCUGCAAACUUUGCUAUGACUAGGGUGGCUUGCACUGGAAACGAAAGUGACAUCACAGCAUGCCCGUAUGAACAAGUGGUUGGGGAUACCAAAUGUUCUCCGGCAGCUGUCUUUUGCACAAACGAUACGAUCGGAGGAUUCACGAUUCAGCUGGCCCAUGGCACCACUUAUACAGGCGUGGUCGAGGUCCGCUUUAAGAACAUUGGUCCGCAGGGCUAUAUAUGUCCUGAUAAGUGGGAUGACAGUGAUGCAAAUGUCGUCUGCAGAAGUUUGAACUUUACGCAAGGUAGAGCCUUAAAGCGCCGCAUAGCGGGGAUACGAUUGGAUAGAGUUCCCAUGUGGAUGUCCGACGUCAAGUGUCAUGGAAACGAAAGCACGCUUGAAAACUGCUCCUACACUGGCCCGGGCGAGAUGCAUACCUGUAACCAGAAAGAUUACAUUGCUGGCGUAUUUUGCACGAACGAAAAAGGAAUAUUUUACACUUUGGGCGGAAAUCAAUCAAACCAAGGCUUUAUAGAGAUAUCUGUGAACGGAGAGGUUGGCACGUUAUGCCAGCAGUCAUCAGGGCAGUGGACGGACGAAUCUGCCAGAGUAUUCUGCAAGGCACAGGAUCAGGGCUUCACCGACGGCGUUGCUGCAUAUAACUCGUACUAUAGUGGAGGAAGUGGCCCAGUCUGGCAGGCGGGCUAUGACUGCGUUGGUGAAGAGGCUUCCCUACAUGAUUGUCCGCAGCAGGGCCUGGUAAAGAUGCUAGAUGGACCUUGUAGUAGUCACCAGCUUGAUGUAGGGGUGUUCUGUUUUAACCAAGUUCGUCUCCGCAACUCCAGUGGCACCUUUGGCACCAAAGCAGGACGUGUGGAGGUGAAUCACAACGGGCACUGGUACGCGGUGUGUAGUUCGAGUUUCAGUAACCCGUCGGCUAGACAUGUCUGCCGAGAGCUUGGGUUCUAUGACGGAAAAGCGCUUUGCUGUUCGGCAUUUGGUGUCCUCCCAGAAGUCGGUAUUCUUAACAGGACAGUCGAAUGUCAGGGGGCCCUCGGAGAGACACUUGACUCCUGUAUCACUAAUACUACAUGUGAGAACGAGGAAUAUGCGUCAGUGGUCUGCAAUGACGGACAGCUGACAGAAGGAUAUACAAUCCUUAUUGAGGAUAAACGUCCCAUAGGUGAUGGGCCUGACACUGGUAUCACAGGGUAUGUAUCUGUCUCACAUAUGUCCCUGACUGGUCGGGUGUGCACUACUACGUGGAAUGAUGCCAACGCCCAAGUUGUCUGCAGGAGCUUAGGGUACAGAAAUGGCGCUGUAUACAACCACAGUGUGCCCUCUGCCAUACCUCAACCAGUGCUUGCUGCAGUACGUUGUCAGGGGAAUGAAACCAGUUUAGAAGGAUGUCUCAUUUCGGACGCUACAGAGAACUGUCCCAGGAAUUUGAAGGCAGGCUUCAUGUGUUUUAAUGAUUCUAACGUAGAAUUCAGACUCCUGCGCCAUGGUGGCAGCUCUAAAAACGAAGGUAUUGCCGAAGUAGGCAUAGGCGGUAUUACCGGCUACAUAUGUGGAUGGUUAUGGGACGACAAUGAUGCUGAUGUAUUUUGUAAAACUGUCGGUUAUUCUGGCGGACAGGCAGCAACGUAUCACAGAAGAACGGCAAUCAUUGGUUCCCGCUUCGACGUGGACAAAAUUUGGCUGAGCCAUCUUCAGUGUAAUGGCAGUGAGAAUUCGAUACUGGGGUGCCCGCAUCCCGGAUGGGAUAUACUCACCAGUUCGACAGCACAUACAGAGGCGUCGACAGUUAGAAAUUAUUGUUACCGAUCAUAUAGUCCUUAUCUGGCGACAUGUGUUUGCUUUGAUACAAUUCGUUUAAGCAGUGGUCCCUACGGCACCAUGGGGCGUGUGGAGGUCAGCUACGAAGGUGAUUGGGUUGGAAUAUGUGAUGUGGGCUGGACAGACCAGAGAGCUGAAGCCACGUGCAAACAACUGGGCUAUACAAGCGGGAAGGCAGUUCUUCAUUCAGCUUUUGGGAGUUUUAACGGCACCAUUCCUCUGAGUGAUUUUCAUUGCAAUCUGACAGACAAUACGAGGCUUAAUUGUACCUACACGGUCAAAGAGUGUUCAUCUGGAAAUUAUGCAUCCGUGGUGUGUUUUAGCAGUCUGCCUAUAGAAACCGAUUUUGCAGUAAAUUUCAUAACCAACAAGAAUCAAUGGGCGAAACCACUGAAAGUCAGAGUGGAUGGUGUCUGGGGCCGAUUUUGUCCCACAGGUUGGAAUGACGCAGCAGCAUCAAUUGCUUGUAGAGAAAUUAGCUGGCAGUAUGCCGGAGGGAAAGCUUUCAUGUUCGACGACGACAGUAAUGAUAUUGCCAUCCCGUUGCCACGCGUAGUGGGUAAUUUGCGCUGCAAUGGAACUGAGCAGUCUUUGCGAGAUUGUGCAAGGUUUUCCCUAAAAGAAAAACAAACAGGAUGCCCAUAUAGUGGAUCAACUCCUGGUGCUGCUUGUUAUAAAAAAGACAUAAACUUCCAGUUAGUUGGAGUUGAAGGAUCUACAAGCUCGGGGAUAUUUGAAAUCAGUGUAGAUGGCGUCACAGGAGCACUAUGCCCGGAACAAUGGAAGGAGUCGGAGGCCAGAGUAGCCUGUAGAACCAUGGGAUAUGCCGAUGGUGUGCCUACGUGUAUGGUGGGAGAAAACUAUUACCAGGGCACAGCUGUUUGCGGCGGGACGGCCCGCAUUGAGGCAGCAAUGAUGACGGUUCUGAAAUGCAAGGGAACAGAAAGCUCUCUGUUUGAGUGUGAGACUACAGACCACGAGUGGAGAGCUUGGGACUCCUCAGGCUGUGCCUACGGCAACUCUCUUCGCAGUAUGGCAGCAGUGCACUGUUUUAAUGCCUCCAUGGAAGUAGUCAGCGUUCGUCUGUCACCUGGGCCGAACUAUGGGCGUGUGGAGGUGAACGUUUCCGAGUCCAACAUCUGGGGGACUGUGUGUGACGACCUGUGGGACGACAGGGAUGCCACAGUGGUAUGCCGUCAACUGGGAUACGGUUUGGGCAAGGCUGUGCGGGGAUCAGGAUAUGGCGGGCAAACACCAAGUGCUAUAUGGUUAGACGGGAUGCAAUGUAUUGGAAACGAAACCACCAUAAAAGAUUGCAGGCACAAACCCGUUGGCAUACACAACUGUGAUCAUCAAGAGGAUGCUGGAGUUAAAUGUUCAGAGAUCCCAUCGACAACCACAACCACAACGACCCCCCGUCCUACCACAACAAUAACGACUUUAGGCUCUACUACGGCUCCUCACUCCACGGGAAUGAUAACGACACUGAGCUCAUCUACGACAUCUCACUUCACCACUGCAAUAACGACCAGCGAUUUUGUCAGCUUUAAUACAACAACCACAUCAUGGUCUGUUUCUUCAUAUUCAACAACUCCGACUACACCAUUCACAUCAACAUCACCGCCAGUUUCUACUACAUCGUCAUUAACGUCAUCAACAUCAUCGACGGCAACCUCUUCACCAAAUACAUCUCCAGCUUCAUCAUCACAGUCUUUUCCAUCUUCUACUUUGCUGCCAUCCUCCACGACAGUUGCACAAAAACAAGACUCAGUAAAAAGCACCAUUCUCAUGGCAACGCUCAUUCCAAUUUUAGCGUUGAUUCUUAUAAUAGUUUUAUUCAGCGCAAUCUGUUUAGCGAAGCGAAGACAAAACUUGAAAAAAUCUGAGAUUCAUACUGAUGUAUCGCCGAUAGUCAAUGAGACAAGCGAUGGUACCUUGCAGAUGACAAACGUUUUAUAUGGAAUGGAGGAAAUAGAUAUGCGUCCAGAAGAUUUUGCACUUCAUGACACGACAACUUCAAAUGUAUUUGAAAAUAAACUUGCCUCUGAUGCUUAACUUGGCAACCAGGCCCUUCAUGUUCACUCUACGUGUACGUGGCAUUCUACAGUUCAAUUAAAAACAUGUAUUUUUAUACCAUUCAUUUUAGUUAGAUAAUUAGAAUCUCGAAGACAGAAUCUCUAGCCUCAUCGUUCAUGUUGCAUCCAAGAUUUUACUACAAUAACACACUGAAUACAUAGGGAGGGGGAUGAAUAUUGUUUUUGAGAAUGAAAGGACCGUAUACAAUAUUUUGGCUCGAAAAAUCUACAUCAACAAAUUUCCCAGGACUCUUACGCAAAACUCGAAAAUACUCUGUAAAUUUACAUUUUGUUAGCGCUGUUUUUUAUCAUUUGGCCUUAGCAGGAUGAACGUUUUUUUACCUUGCGUAGAAGUGUUAAUUUAGCAGGGUGUACUUAUUUUAUUAUUUGAAACGGAAAUACCAUAAUUGUGUACGAGAUAUCUAGAAAGAAAAUGCACGUGAUUUUAGACUGUAGCGUUCAGUACCGUCCCUUAAAGCUCACUUUAUGGUGCUGUACGUGUCUUAUUUCCCUGUGGUGCUGUAUCACUGGUGAUUUAUGAAGUAUUAGACAGGCUAGUUUCAGUCAUCCAACUAUCAGUCGCCUCGACGACAAAUUCUUUAUCUAAGCGUAGACCUAUAACUAGCAAGAUCUUGCCAUUCGAUAAUUUAAUUGUAUUUCCAGGUACGUUUGUAUUAAUUCGUACUGUGUUAAAAGCUGUAAAAGCUGUACGUGUUAUGCCUACGUUAAAAAUGUGCACAUAUAAAAAUCAUUUUAAUUAUUUCAGUCUACUUGUAGUAAAUUUAUAUUACCCAUUGUUGGUUUUGCUUUUUUGUUGGCUUUAAAAGCAAUGAUUAUGACUUGCACAUAAAUAUAAAAAAUGAUGGUUGUGAUGUUUAGACGUAAAACCUGAAACGUGAAAGGGUAAUGAUUUUAAAUAAAUGUUAACAAACCCACCAAUUACUUUCUUACAUAGCGUUUUACACUAUUUUACUUUUGCUCAAAAGGUAUUUGGUUGUGGUUCGUGUAUACAAACCGUUUAAUCUUAAUAGGUUGACGUAUUUUAUAUGUACUGGUUUGUUUGUUAUUUAUCUGCUAGUUAUGACUGUGGUUCCUUAGAUGUCUUAGAUUUAUCUCGAAGUUAAAUAAUAAUGUGCAAAAUGUUUUAAAUUAUGGGAAAUACCUCUGUUAUAUUAAAAUACAAUGUGCCCCAGAGAUUCAGAAAUAAAGAGGAAUAGCGAAU